AUGUCUCGCGAAUUCCACUUUGAUGAGAAUAUCUCGGAGAAGCAGCUCAAUCAUCAGUCUACGUCGCUCAUCAUGCCCAGUAUCACCAGGGCGAGAAUCCACAACUCAAUGUACUAUAAGACCAAUCUGGAGGCACCUUCUCUGAGAGGAAACAGCAUGCUUCAACUAAGCAAAGUUAUAAUGAUGGAGCUAGGGACGUGUCGAGGGAGCCCGCGUCCAAUGUCUGUCGUAUGCGGAGGUGUCGAGUUUAAGUGUCUUCUGAUGAAGUUAAUACACAUUCGGCCCACCUGGAACCAACUGCUGGCCAUUUUGCAGAAGGGGCACGCAUUGCAGUCUAAAUUCGACAACAAGUACCUAGUAGUGCUGAUUCUGGUGUAUCUGCGCAUGCAGUACUAUUUCCUGCCGAAGCCCACGUCUGAGGCGGAUGUGAAAAGCGUACGAGACUUCGAAAAGCUACCACAGGUCACUGCAGAAAACCUGAGAAGCUUGCUGCGUAUCCACAUCAGUGACUACCGUAAAGUUAAAUGCAUGGCGCUCGAUGCUGAUUGCUGGGCCCAGGGCGGGUCUCAGAAGGUCGAGAUCAGACAUAUCGAUGAGAUUGUGGACUGGCUGUGCACGGAGAGCCAGAUUUGGGCCCUUCCCUUGGGCCAAUGUCAGUGGUGCGACGUAUACGCAGAAAGUGACAGCAGUGACAGCAGUGACAGCAGUGACAGCAGUGACGAUGAGCCGUGA